UAUAUUGACAAAACUGUCAACGGCUUGUUAUUAAUAUAUUAUAAAACAUUUUCCUAACUCAAAAAAUUUCAAGUUAAGAUAAGCAAGUUAAACAUGAACUUGGUCAGACAAAAAUGCUCUCAUGCCUGUGAUCUGUUUUGCUAUAACCUUUUUUCAUUGAGACCUAUAUUUCAUGUUACUAAUUACACACAUAAUGCAAGAUUCCACAGAAAUUCUCAAUUGUUCGCAGGACAUUCAAAGUGGGCAAAUAUAAAACAUAUCAAAGCAGAAAAGGAUGGGCAACGUGCCGUAACUUUCACGAGAAUGAGCCGGCAAAUUAGAAUGGCUAUUCAAGAAGGGAAUUCUUCAAAUCCGGCAACGAACACGGCCCUUAAAAAUGCCAUUGAAUUUGCGCUCAAGAAAAAUAUGCCGCUGUCGACAAUUCAAAACACAAUUAAAAAAAUAGAAGCCAGCAAAACGCAAAUAAAGGAACAUGUUUUAGAAAUCAAGGCUUUAAAUAAAGUUUAUAUGAUUUGUGUCUUGUACACCGACAAUUUGGCAACGUUAAAAAUAAAUUUGGCCCCUAUAUUGAAAAAAGGAAGAGCUUGUUAUUCAGAAUGUCGACAUUUAUUUGAGGAUAUGGGAUUGAUUCAAGCGAUUGCUCAUAAUGAGAUAAAAAACAAAAGUAGUGUUGAAGAAAUUUUUACUGAAGAUGCCAUUGAUGUGGGAGCUGAAGAAGUUGAAAUAAUUGAUAAGGAAAAUGGUGUAGUUAAUUUUUUAUGUUCUCCAAUCGAAUUAAACAAAGUGAGCAAAAGUUUAUCAGCAAAAGGUUAUAAAAUUGAAAUUGCUGAACAUGUUUUCUUACCUUUAUCUACUGUUAAUAUUAUUAGCGAAGACUUAAAAUCAUAUAAAGUUUUAAAAGACAAAAUAUUAACAAUCGAAGGAUUAGAAAGAAUAUAUGAUAACCUUGAUCCAGAUAUAGAUAGCUAAUAUACAUAUGUAAUAAACAAGGAAAAUUAGAAUAUUGUUAACAAAACUACUCAAUUUAAGUACAGAUAUACGUAUACUGAAAUAUAGUUCCUGAUUUAUGUUUGAUAUCAGAAAUUAGUGUAUGAAGGCCUGAUCGUGUUAUUGUUUAUAUAAAUGAAAAAAUAUCUAAAAUAUGAAAAAAGGCAAGUCGAAAUUAAAGGCAAAUUGUGUUAAAAAAUUAUCAUCUUCGAAAUAUUCUCACAAUGACUUUUGUAUGGCUUUGACAUACCCUGGGUUUUCAUCAAUUCAUCUUGUUAUUAUCAAUCAUUGUAAAUUUUUAGUAAAACUGAGUAAAACAGAAACACAUGAUCUACAAAGCUAAUAAAAUACCUUCCAUGCAGGGUUGUUACUCAUGGAAAAAUUGAUGGGUCAAAUUCAAAAUCAAUGGAUCAAAAAGGACAAUUUUUGCAGUCUAAUUUUAAUUUACAUCAGAUUUAAACUUUUAUUUGAGACUACGUUGUGUGAAAGUUGUGUGAAAUAAAUUGUAAAAUUUAUUGUGAAACUUAUCUAUUCUCAAAAAGAGAGAUAUUAAAGUAAAGAGGCCAAAUACGAUUUAAUAAGAAUAAAACAGAUCAUGGGACUAAAAAGUA